ACUUGAUGAACAUGGAGAACUGAAUAAGGCUGUGCUAGAAACAUGGGUAAGGUAUUGUUCAUCUGACAAUAUGUAAGAAUGCGGAACAGCCUUGUUUUGCCCAUGUCUUGAAUACGAUGGGUGUUAUUACCAAUCUUUCUCUGUGUAUGUGCGUGUAUGUGUUUUAUGUGUAUUCUUCUUUUUCUAUCUCAUCUGCUGCUUCUGUUGCUAGGAAUGAUCUGCGUUGUCCACUAUUAUUAGUCUACGCCGCGUCCAACCCGUGCGAGGCUCAACUGUAAGGCAGAUUACCUAGCAUUCCAUCAUAUUUGGGGGCGAUAAAGUACUACUAGACGAGAUAUCCUAUAACAUGAAACUGGUUGAUGACACAUGUAAGACUCUUGCUAGAUUAGGUUCCUGCUCAUUGAUACGUUACAGAUCAACCCGACCGCCUUUUUCUUUCCCUAGAUGUUGGAUGAUUGGAAAGGAAUUAGUUGAGUCAAGCGAGAUAGAGGGAUCUUCCGUGGGUGUGUGUGUGUGUGUGUGUUUUGGGGGGGGAUGAUGCGUCAAUAUGAUAAUGCCCUAUUUUUGGUUGUACCCCAGUCUGAGGUAUCUCGAGGAUUGGCAACUAUGAGGCUCAACUUUUUUCUCUCUUUUUUGUUUCUUUUCCCUUUCUCUCUUGCUCUCUUCUUCUUCCUUUUUAUUUUCUUUUUCUAUUUUUAUUCUUUUUACCCCUCCAUUUUUCCUUUGCCCUUCAAAAAUCUGUUCUUUCUAGAGUAAUACGAAGGGCGCUCAAGUCACAUUCAGGCCCC